AUGUACAGAAGAGUAUAUGUGCUGCUGCUCUCUGCUUCUGCUGGAGCCGUGGUGACGACCUGUUCCCCAAAGGAGAGUCUUCCUGUUUCAGUGGGGUACAGACUUAUUGGUGCUGUAUUUGACACACUCCUCACACCGGGUAUAGUGACGUGUGCUAGAGAAUGCCUUGGGAGAACAGCAUGUCAAGGCUUCAACUUCAAUCUUGACCACGGCAUCUGUGAGCUCAGUAGUGCUAAUGAUGGAUCUACUGGAGUAUCAAUGAUGGCGGAAACAAGCUUUGUUUUAUCUAAAGCUGAAGACUGGCCUUCUCGAAUACUGGGAACAUGUGAACACCACAGCUGCCCCGUCACCACUCGGUGUGUAGAAGAAACUGACGGACCGGAAUGUGUUAUAUCUUACUGCCAAGACCCACCGACGGUAGAAUUUGCUACUCUGACAUCAGUAGGGCCUCUGACCCCUGUGGCAGAGUCCCUACCUUACGAGUGCACUGUGGGAUAUGUGCCCUGUGGUAUCAUCACCUGCAACACCGACGGAACGUGGUCACCCAUGACCUGCAUGCCUGUGUCCAACUGUACAGAUGUACUACAACUUCGUUCCACGUACACUGACGGAGAGUACUGGCUGUAUCCACUAAAGCUUAAUGGCGCACGAGUUAGGGUGUAUUGCCAUGCAAUGGACAGUACACCUUCCGAGUACAUCUCUUUGAAAACACCAUACUUCAUGAAUGCUCCACUGAUGCAAAAUCCGGAUUGUACCGGGGAGUCACCAAAGACACACAAUCUGCUUGGGUAUCACGAAUAUACAAAAUUCGGCCUGGACAUCACAAACAUGGCAAUCAACAAGAAAGCCAGGGCUUUUUACAACAAGACAGGUGUGACCAAUGCCAACGUUGCUGUGGUCAGAGACUGCUAUUCCGCGGCAGGUAGUGCCUGCGGUCCAAAGGGUCAGGCGGUUAUGGACUUAAGAGGGACUGGCCUGGCUCUAGACGAAUCAAUAACUUGGAGCAGAGCCUAUGGGACCUCUAUUUGGGACCCGAUUGUCAAUCGGUUUCAUAGCCAUCAGCUCAUAGAGAUACGAUGCGGUGGUGUUUGCGGAGUCUGCAGUGCUCCUGGGCUGGUCCUCCUCGCCUUGCUGGACUCUGAUGGUAGAUAG